AUGGGAGACGAAUCUUGGAAAGAAACCAAGCUUACUCUCGAAAGACCCUAUAAAGACGAAGAUGGCCAGUGCAUCCCUUCCUUACUUGACAUCGAUUUGCAAGGCAAUCCUGUUUAUGAACUGGAAGUAAAUCCGACGCGUCUUACAGGACAGAACAUAGCACGUAUAUUUGCUGAGCGAGGAUACGAAUUUCUUCACCAUCGUGCUGCAGGCAUAGUUGACCCUGCUCAGGAUGACGACCAGAGCGAUGGCAAGGAGGAAGAGGAAGCUUCCAAUCAUAUCAUGACUGCAGAAGAACUCUACAAGAUGCGAAUGGAACUCGCUCCUCAUCUAUACGUCGCAUUGGGAGAGAUGACACACGCAAGAGACUUACUAGCUUUGCUGCUAUCUUCCUCCCCAAUACCCACAGGUCCAUUACCCCAAUCUACACAACCUCAGCCUGCAGCCCCCACCACCCUGCCACCUUCUGCUUUGACCCACAGUACUGUCUCAAAACCUGGUCCGUUACCCUCUGUCGAGGCUUACAAUUCUCAGUUAUCAAUUGGCGGCAAGGAUGAGGCUCUACGCAAGGCAGCAUCUUCGUUCAAACAUGCAUCCGAAAGUCUGGAACGCGGCCGGCAAAAUUCAGAACAAUAUUGGUCUAAUGCUCUCAAAAUUCGCAGGGCAAAUUGGGGUUUGAUACCUGCUCCCCUUCCAUUUGGCGCCAAUACAGGCAGAGGCGCUGACCGUACGUCGAAAGACUUCCUGGUUUCAUUUGGACUUGAGGAAUCCCCGUCCCAUUUUCGCAGAAGAGCCAUAGCCUUUAUGUCUUCGGAAGCUGACUAUCAGGAGUUGUCGUUCCCCAGUUCCAGUCAUACCCGGAUGCAAGUAUCACUUCAUACGACAAGUUCAGCCGGAGAGAAAAAGGUUUCGCGAAGCACUGUCCUAUUUUCAGACAACAAAUCCAUUGAGUCUUCACUGGAAGCAGCCCAGCGGGAGGUAUUCGAAGAAGAGAUCUUCUCAGCCAUUACACAAGAAGCCAGCAAUCUACCAACGACGGCAGCCCGCGUCUCCGAACGCCUCAUUGCCAUUGAUGCUGCUCAAGGGAUAGAACUUCGUUUCACUCUGGUAACAGAGCAAACUGGCACCACGAAGUCCGAAGAUGAGCUUUCUGCGGCGACAUGCGACCUCAUAUCAUCAGUUCUACAAGCUCAACUUCUAGCUGCACACAGCCAUCGCAAACAACAUCGUAUCGGACUGACUCACCUGAAUCGUCCUAUGACGAAGCGUCCUACCGUGCUCCAACCCAUCAUUGACUUCCUUCAGUAUCAGGUUUUCUGCGACAGAGUCUAUGGCGAACUGGCCAAAUUGCAGAAGGCUCUGACCAGAGCUGGGAUUCCCGUCGCCCUUCGGUUCGAACCUAUUGGCGAGAGCGGUGCCCAACUAAUUGAGCAGGUCCUUGUCGAAGCUGGACAACAAAGGGUAGGGGGUGAAGCCAUCCUUCGGAUCGACCAGAGGCAGACAUUACGGUUCACUUUUCUCUCCCCAUCAACAUUAACUUCUCACCUACCUCUUGCCACUCUCCCCAUUGCCUCAAUACCUCAGCUCACUCAGCUCCUGAUGGAUGAAGUUGAGAAAUUCCUGCUGAACAAGAUGUGCGAUGCAGGGACACAGGCGUCUGAAAGCGUCAAUGGAACAUGGUUUGUGGAUCCUGUCAGCGGUAAGACCGUUGGUCGAUGGGAUGGAUGUAUCUUGUACGUUUUCAAGCAGCCCGCUAGUUUUACUAGCCUAAUUGUAUGUUUAGGUACUUCCGUGUGUUCUUUGGCUCAGAUCUUACAGUCCAAUCGACUGCGGUUAGAUUGGAUAAAGUCUCAGGGACACAAACCACUGGCACUGACACAUACAAGAGCGACACAUCUUCAUUAG